AUGUCCGUCACCAAGAUGGAUCUCUCCAUUGCGGAGAAGAAGGCCUACGACUUUUUGGUUCGUCAAGAAGAAGCCAAACGUUGGAUUGAAGAACUCGUACAAGAAAACCUUCCACCAGGAACAGCAAACUUUGGUGAAAACUUGCGAGAUGGUAUCUUCUUGGCCAAGUUGGGAAAGAUCUUUGCUCCAAGUGCCAUCAAGAAGAUUAACACACCAAAGAGUGGAAGUGUGUUGGAAUUUAUGGCUGUCGAUAACAUUACUCAAUUCUUUGAAGCUUGUAAGAAGGUGAACUUUCCUGAUCACUAUGUGUUUGAGGUCACUGACUUGUGGGAACUCAAGAACAUUUACAAAGUCGUUCACUGUCUCCAUACCCUCUCUCUCCACUUGUAUCGUAAUGGUCUCGCCAUUCGUAUGCAGAACUUACAAAAGGCCAACUUGAAAUUCUCUCGUGAGGAAAUUGAAAAGACUCAAAAGUUGAUUGAAGAUAUUGCCGAUAAUGCCAUGGCUUUCCCAGUCGAUAUUGAAGAAGUUGGAGAUGAAGGAACUGACUCUUCGAUGGAUGAUGUCUUGGAAGAUUUGGCAGAUCCUUCCAUGUGUGAUGCCGAGGGAGAUGGUCUCACACGAGCUGUUGCUGGCGUUGAAGCUUCGUUUACCAUUACAGCUCGUGAUUCAGAUGGUCAAGUGUUAACUGAAGGAAAUGAAACAUUCCGUGUAACUUUGUUUAGUGUGAAUUUGGAAUCGUCAAGUGCUGAAAGUGGAAACAGUGAUGCAGCUGCUGCUUCUCAUGAACGUGUUGUCAUCCAAGCUCAAGUUAAGAAUAAUAACGAUGGUACUUACUCAGUAACUUAUACACCAGAGAAGGCUGGUCAAUACAGAAUGGAAUUGGUCUUGUGGGAUGAAGAGACUCAAGAAGAAGUUGAUCAAUUGUCAAAAGUCUCUCCUCAAAAUGUCACUGUCUUGUCAAAUCCAAAAUCAGACCCAUCCAAGAGCGUUUUAGAUGGAGCUGGUAUUGGUACAGCUGUUGCAGGUGUUAAAACUGAAUUCACCUUGACUUCAUUUGAUAAAUAUGGCAAUUUGGGUCGUGGUGGAGAAAAGUUUACUGCAAAACUCACCUCCGGUUCCGAAGAAGUUGAAUGUGACGUUGAAGAUUUGGGACAAGGAAAGUAUCGUUUCUCUUACGUGUGUCCAAAGAGCGGUGACUACUCAUUGAAUGUGAAAUUGGAAGAUGUUGAUGUUGCCACCAAGACUGUUGUCGUGAAGGAUGCUGGUAUUUCUGAUCCUUCUCGAACUGAAUUCAGUGAUAUUGACUCUGUUUUGGAUAAGAAAGCUGGUGAAGUUUCUAAAUUCACAAUUCUCGCCAAAGAUAAGCACGGAAACGAUCGUUCCUCAGGUGGUGAAAAGUUCCAAGUUUUCCUUUUGGAUCCACAAACCAAUCAAGUCCAUCUCCAAGCCGAUGUGAGAGAUUCCAACGAUGGUAAAUAUCAUGUGGAAUAUACUGCCAACACAAGUGGAAAGUAUUUGUUGCAAGUGAAACUCGGAGACGAACAAGUCACCAGUAAGAAUGUUUCCAUUCACGAUUCUGGUGUGACUGAUCCCUAUCAAACCACAUUCAGAGCUGCUGAAAAUUACAAACAUUUCCCAGCUGGUUGCCCUCUCCAACUCCAUGUCGAAGCAAGAGAUCGUUUCGGAAACAAGCGUGAAACUGGUGGUGACACUUUUAUUCUCCAAUUCACAUCGAAGGCUACUAUGGAAACAAUUUCUGGAGAUUUGAUUAAAUUCAAUGAUAACCAAAAUGGUGAAUACACCUUCGACUAUACCAUUGAACAAUCUGGUGAAUAUGGAAUGGAAGUUUUGUUGAAGGAAAAUGUUGAUUCUCGUUCUGAAGGUGGUAGUGAUUCAACAUCCUUGUUGAAGGCUUUCUUGAGAAAGUACAAGUAUACCAACAUUCCAGGAUUCCCGUCCACAGUUUUUGUGGACGAUAGUGGUCGUACAGAUCCACAACGAACUCAAUUUGCUGGAGAUGGUGUUUCCAAUGCUGUUCAAGGAAAAGAAUCCGAAUUUGUCAUCAAGACUAGAGAUAACUUUAACAAUAUACGUCAAACUGGUGGUGACAAGGUAGAGGUCACUGUUUCCAAUGAAGCCAGAAAGAUUGAUAUUGCUGCUUCUGUCAAGGACAACCAAGAUGGUACUUAUACUGUUGUUUACACACCAAAGGCAUCUGGAAAGACCAAACUCAUUGUCAAAAUUAAUGAUGUUUUAGUUGAUAAUGAUAUUUUGAGAGGUGGUGUAUUCGUUUCUCCUCCAAAUAUUGAAGAUACAUCCAUGCUUGAUACCAUUUUGGAUCAUGACUUAUUGUCUGCCUUAUUGAACGCUUUCAAGGUUGAAAAUGAUUCUGACAGUUUGAUUGAAAAGAUCCAAAAACUCCGUGAGGAACUCAUCAAACAAAUCAGAGAGAACACUCGUAUUGAAGAAAAUGUUCGUGACAAGGACAGAAAGAUUGCAUUACUCGCUGAAAAUAGAUACGAUGCUGAAACUAUUUUGAACCAAAAGGGAGGUAUUGUCGGAUUCUUCCAAAGAAGAAAGCAACGUGCUGCUGAAGAAAAUGCAAAUGUUGACUCAAAGGAUAAGUUCAACAUUAAGGACUAUGUGGACUAUUACAGCAGCUUGUUCUACUUGCUUCAAACUAAUCCAAAGUAUUUGGCCAAGUGUUUGUUCUUGGUUCCAGCUCGUGACAUGGACCAAUUCAUGCAAACUGUCACACUUACCUUGUACGGUUAUGCUUUCUCUCCUCGUGAGGAAUAUUUGAUUUUGAACUUGUUCAACGAAACACUUGCUCUCGAAAUUCAAAACAGUUCCAUUGAUAACUUCUUGAAUAACAAUCCAGUGUUGAUCAAGUUGGUCGUUAACUAUUGCCAUGAACGUAUUCAAGGUAAACAAUUCUUACAAAAGGUUCUCUAUGACAAGAUUUUGGAACCAAUCAUUGAAGAGAAGGAUUUGAAUUUGAAUCUUAAUGCUGUGACAAUUUUGAAGGAAAGAAUUUCACAACAAGAAGUUGAAACUGGUGUCAAGAGUGACAUCAAUAUUAAGGAUAUGACUUACGAAAAGGCCAUGCAAGACGAAUAUGUCAGCAAGUUGGUUCAACAACGUACAAAGAAGAUGAUUGACAUUUGUCAAAGCGUCUUGGACACUCUCAAUGACAACAUUGCUGAAUUGCCAUAUGGUUUGAGAUAUGUCUGUAGACAAUUGAAGACCAUGCUCACCAAGAAGAACCCAGAAGCUCCAGAGGAAGAUGUCAACCGUGUCGUUUCCUAUUUAUUGUUCUUUAGAUUCCUUAACGGACCUUUCUGCGGCUGUGAUGCUUACAACUUGACCAAGAAGAAGAUUUCUGCAAGCAUGAGAAACAACUUGGCUUGGAUUUCAAAGGUUUUGAUGCGUGUCUCUACUUUCAAGGAAUUUGACAAGACCUUUGAUAUUCAUUUCUGUGUCAUGAACGAUUGGAUUCAACAAGCCAUUCCAUCCUUUGUUGAUAAAUUCUUAAAACCAGCCAUCACCAUUCCAGAACCUGAGGAACAACUUGGAGUUCACCAAUAUAUUGAACUCACACAAAAGAAAUCUCCAACCAUCACCAUUACUUUGAAUGAAAUUGCUCAAACUCACAGUUUGUUAGUCAAGUUCAUGAACAGAAUUGCACCAGAUGAAAAGGAUCCAUUGCGUGAAGUCUUAGAAAAGAUGAAAGAUAAGGUUCCAGAACAAGUGGAAGCAUCCAAGAAUGAAGAAAUUAGUUUACCACUUCAAGUUCGAACCAAUAUUGAGAAUUUGGACCUCGAAAUGAAACCAGAACAAAUUUACGAACUCACCAAAGAAUGUUUCCGUACCUUGUUGCGAAUUAUUACUCCACAACAAUUGGGUGACAAUGUUGCUGAGACCAUUGAAAAGGCAGACAAGUAUGCUGAUGAAUUAAUGAAUGCCAAGUCAUCAGAUGGAGCUCAACUCAAGAGAAAGGUCGAAGAUUUGAGAAAGCACUUACCAAAAUUGGUUGAAUCUGAAGUUCUCUCCAAAGAAAAUGGUUAUAGAAAGUUGUUGACAGAUAUUACUAAGGAAAUUCAAAACAGAGGAGAAGUUAGAAAGAAGCAAGUUCGUGAAUUAGAACGUCUCUCUGACAGCUUAAAGUCCUUAAAGGAACAUCAAACUUUCCUCAAAGAAAAGGACAAGAGUUUGGAUGACUAUGUGCAACAAACUCUUCGAAACUACUUUGAAGGCAAAAACAAGAGAAAACAAAAAUCAGGAAAGAAACAAGUCUACAAAUUCAGUUACGAACAAUUAUACGAAAAGUAUAAAGUUAUUGCCGAAAUGACAGAAGGAGGAGUUUUGAAGAAGAAGAUCAAAUUCCACAUUAGUAUGGAUGAAGCCAAUCCAGGUUUCUUCACAGUGGAAGCUAAAUUGGCUGGUGCUGAAUUGAAGACCAUUAAUUUGAGAUUGGACGAACUUUUGGAUAAGCGAGGAAAAGGUGAACAAUUGCUCAAGCUUGAUGGUGUUUCGUUGAAUGUUAACAUGACCAUUCACAUGAUGAACAAACUCUUUGCUUCCAAGUAA